AUGUCCAAUUUCCACGGGACCUACGAGAAAAACCUCAAAGACGGCGAUUUCAAAACCGACGGUGGAGAAAGCGUACUCAACAAGGAGAUUGGAGUGGAUGACAUGACCAGUGCAGGUGUGCAAGGCAACAAAAUUUCCACUAUUGCUCCUAAAACAUUCACUACUUUUGAAAGGCACGUUAACCAAGAUACCGUAGCCACCUCGCAGGGGAAUAUAGAAAACCUAAACGGUGAACUUCCAAUUAAGAUAAAAGAUAUUAGGGAGCAGGUUGCAGACAUCGCGUUGAAAUCUAUUUCCGACCUCAACGAGCAAGCCGGACAACAGUUAGAGCUGGUCACCAAAACUCUUGACGCUCUUUGCCGUGACGUUAAACGCGCCGCAGAAGACGUUCAAAUAAAUUUGAAUGUACUGAAAAGUACGAAAAUUGACGUUAAUUUAAAACGCAUUCAUGGCCUGAUUGAUGACCUUCGAACAACUCAGCUGGGCGCUGUCAUCGGCUUGACGAACAAUUUCCUCACUCAAUUCGCCGACAAAGCCGGAGAACAAAUCGUCAAAGAUCUCGAGCAGGACGCAAACAUUGAAGUGACAAAAGGCGAAACUGAUAUCAUUCAUGAAUUACGUAAAAGGUAUAUCGCCUUUAUCAAAUUGCUUCUAACAGAGUUCUCCAGCAAAUGCAAGAAUGACCUCUAUGGGCUACCCGAUGAAAUAACAAAGGACGCCGACAAGGGUGCGAAAGGGUUUAUGAAGCAGUUAGCAACAUUCUCUGAGAUGCAUCUUCAACGCGCUGACUUGACCAACCUAGCGUCUUUCUCUCGCCCGGCAACAUCAUUCAUAGGUGACCUGCUUGAAAAAGUAGCCUCAAGUGACGAUAUCGGCGCCAAGCACAACGCACUUUCUCAAAUUGGCAAAGCUGUGAGAACCAUGCUUAACAAAAUAACAAAGUACAAUCACAAAUUCCUCACCCACCUCUCCGCCCUUUCCUCCCUCCUCGCAACCAUCCGCCCCGCAUCCUACGCCGACGACAGCAACCCCCUGCUCGAGUGUCUCAAAAAGGGCGUGCAGAGGAUGUGCGAUGAGCUCGACAAGGCGUACGUGAGCGUGUAUGAUAGUGAGACUUUCGGUGCUGAGCUCGUCGAAAAGAAUAAAGUAACGCCGUAUGGCACUCAGUUGUCCAAGGUGUUCCUGUCCAUCUUGGAGAUAUACAACGAAGAUUUGAGGUACUUGAAAAAUCGUACCAUCCACAAGUGGUCAACAAGUAGAAUAUAUGCUGGUAGCAGUUUAGGCACAUUUUUGCAAAAUAGCGGCUACGGCGUGUCCAACAAUGAGACCGAGCAGAAUGGUCACUUGGACAAGAAUGCCAACGGUACAAAGAUCAUGAGUCUACUUGUAGGCGAAAAUUACGGUCACGUUUACCACAAGAAUAAGAAUUACAAAUUCCAGCUUGAGAACCUAUACGACUGCCUUACGACUUAUUACCGCAUUCGUCACAUCUCCACUGCAGGGUCGAAGAAGUCGCCGUGUAAUAUCUACGAAAUGCUCUGCUGGCUUACGAGUCUGCAAUACAGUUCAGUAUAUCUCAACUUUAUAUCCGAUGAGUUUAGUGACUUGUUCGAUAAGCGGGAAAAUAAAAUCGCCGGAACCAAUGAGGUCGACGGUAUCUCAUUCGAGGACCAAACUGCUAACAAGUUGGCAGCAUACCCACAGAAUAUCACGUAUACAGAAGUACAUAAUGCUAUCGUACAUGUAACUUCGCUGGCACCCGUUCUUCUCACCAGCAUCGUCGGGUAUGGAAACGAGUAUACUACGUACGCCGUUGACUUCUAUUGUAAUACGCAUAAUUUCGCAUACCCUUCAUCGAGCGUUGACUGCCUGAACACGUUAAUUGAACAUCUCCGUAGAAUUGUACCAGUUUUCCAAUUCUUGCUUACCCGAUGUGGCUUUGCCGCUAAGUACCACGGUUGGUCGGACUGUACGUAUGGCAGAGAUGUGAAAUCAUCAACGUGGCCAUGUAAUGAGCACUCAAAGACUGAAGUUGAGUGCCAAUCGACAUCGCCUCUUCAAUCCUUCCUACGUGACUGCCUACCCGGUCACUUGCCUCAUGAGCUCACUUCCACUGGCUGCAAAUCGGAAUGUAAGACGUGUCCCAAAAGCCUACCCGGUGCGCCAUGUAUAACACCACUUGGGUUCAGAGGCUUCACUGGAAGCAAGAAGACAGGCAAAGAGCUAUGUAAAGUGCUGACCAAAUUCCUCGGUAACGGGGUCGCUUCGUGCCUCUUUGGCCUUAUUCCUAAACCGCCCUCAACAUUGUCGCAACACUUUGCUUUUACGAUGUCACUUGUCAGGAAUUGGCAAUCAAACGGCACGCAUUCUCUUAAAACAAAUAUUGAAGCCGCCGUCACGGAGCAAUCUAUUCGUCUUUUUGAACAACCCAGCGAUCUCACAGCUGCGCUACGUAACGCGUACGGUGACGUACGGAGCAGCCAUAAGCGUGAAAGCCAUCCAGAGGCAAAAAAUGCAGACCUCUGUACGCUGUCUACGUCAACGUCAUGUACAUAUGCUAGUAGCGAUAAGCUGCACUGCGGUCCAUAUCUUUCAACUCUGUGCUUGGAAGAAUAUCGUUACUUCGCCGAUAAACAUUGUAACUUAUACCUCUCAUGGGCAGUGUACCUCCCAUGGACAUUCUACGGUUAUCUUAAAGCCCUGCUACAAGCCUUUUGCAGCAUAUCUUGCCAAGACUGGGGAUGUUCGAAAUGCAUCCAUGGAGUCAAAUGUAAGAAAGGACAGCACGGUGUCGACAACUGCCAGUGCCGUGGACUUGUUGAAUGCCGUGGCGUACAAAGCACUUUCUACAAUUACGGAUUCACGUUUGGCAAUCCUGAAACACUUCUAGCAAAAGAAGGUAAAAAAUAUUGCCAUCAUUUCCAUCAACAGCUGAAGUCGGUGCUUGAAUCGCAGUAUUUCGCAAAACUAUUUGAGGAGUGCGAUAAUUUCCUCUGGAUCAUCAGGCAGCCGUUCAUAUGGAUGAACGUCGCACUCUGGUCGCUGUCCCUCUUCUACCUCAUCUGCGUGAUGGUUGGCAGACUGGACGUGCUCCACAUACGCUCACACCUGAGGAUACCGUCGUCGCACAGCAUAACGGCGCAAUCAUUGUUGGCUGCAGCGCAAGUCGGAAGGCUUGCCAAGAUAUCGUAUCUACAACCGUAA